UUUAGUGUGAAGAAUGAGACUACAACAGAUGGAAUUUUUCAAGACAUUUGUGAUCCUCUUUAGUCUCUGUCUGUUCCGCAUCACCUUAAUUAAACCACACAGCAUGUGCGAUGGCAAUCUCCCACCAGUUAAGUAUGUGGCACUAAACAACAAUGUUCCUGUGGCUUGCCCUACACUCAGUGGAAUGGAAAUGGACUUCAAAUUAUAUAAGGGCCCAGAUAAGGUCACCUCCAUUUAUAUAAAUGUAAAUAACACAUUGGAUAGCAAACAUAGCGACAGCCGAAAGAGCGAUUUUCCUUCCCAUCUAAGUGUUAAUUUUACAGAUGACAGUGCCAACUUCAUCCUAUUUAGAGUGACAGUGAAUAUCACAGGCCUGUACACCUGUGAGGCAGUGAGAAACUUUCCUCCUCCAUUUCUAAAAGUGGAGCAGAUGCCACAAACUAUUGUGUUUGUUGAAGAGACCCCAAGGAAACCGUUCUGUCAACAUGACAUUUACCUGGUUCUGUGGGUAGUACUUGGAGGCAUGGCCAUAUAUGGUCUGUUAAUGUCUUGCGUGGUCCUCAGACUCUUGAUCAACACAAACGUUAGAGAAUGCAGACAGAAAUGGCAAGGAGUUCAACACCCAACCCUGCAGAGUUUCUGCAUAGACACUGUAGGAUGAAGCUGUCUGACAACCAUGGCCAAAAAAAGCACCAUUCAAAUAUCCAUAUCAAACAGCAAUGUUGCGAAAAAGAACACUGCUUUAGUUGUAUUCUGAGAAAAGCCUUUGACAUUGUAUUUUUCAUAGUGUUAAUAUUUCAUUUGACUGACUUUAUCAUUUUACUGAACUCACUAGCAAAUGUUGCAUGAUUUAUUUUCAAUCUUAUAAUAAACAUAAUAAAUAAACACA